AUGCUUUCCCUUUCAUCUUCACUUGAAGGAUUGAUAAAGGAGAUGGGGAGGACACCUUGUUGUGAUAAGAAGGGUUUGAAGAAAGGGCCAUGGACACCUGAAGAAGAUGAGCUUCUUGUUAGCUACAUCAAGAAGAAUGGACAUGGUAGCUGGCGCUCUCUUCCCAAGCUUGCAGGUCUUCUUCGCUGUGGAAAGAGUUGUAGGCUUAGAUGGACAAACUAUCUUCGGCCGGAUAUAAAACGGGGUCCUUUUACUCUUGAGGAGGAGAAGCUUGUCAUCCAGCUUCAUGGCAUCCUUGGAAACAGGUGGGCGGCCAUUGCCUCUCAACUACCAGGCAGAACAGAUAAUGAGAUCAAGAAUUUGUGGAAUACCCACCUGAAGAAGCGCCUUCUUUGCUUGGGACUUGAUCCCCAAACUCACGAGCCCUUUACAUCCUGUGGACCAGCCAUUAAAGGACCUGCAUCCCCAGCUACUCGACAUAUGACGCAAUGGGAGAGUGCUCGGCUUGAAGCUGAGGCACGCCUUUCAAGGGAGUCCUCACUCUUCCUUCCACCGAUUCCAGGAAAAGUUGAUUGUGAUUAUUUUCUGCGCAUAUGGAACUCUGAAGUUGGAGAAUCUUUUCGAAGGAUCAACAUGGGAGAUAUUAAAACUGCAUGCCAAAGUCCAGUUUCUCAGGCCUCUUCCUCGACAAAAUGUGGAUCAAUUUCAGCUAUCACUGCUGAUAUUAGCCCCAACUUAGCAGGGUCCUCUGGUGCUGCAAGCAAUCAAAAUGAAGAUGUGGAGUGCAAGAGCUGCAAAUCCUACGCAGAAGAUGCCAUGGCUGGGUCUGAUUUAUCAAGUUCAGCUGAAUUGGAAGAUUCAACAGACUCAACAUUACAACUUCUGCUGGACUUCCCCAUUAACAACGACAUGAGCUUCUUAGAAGGAACUAUAGACAGCUAUGCCACUUCAUCUGCAAUGCUGACUGGAACCUCCAUGAUCUGCCCCCUGUGA